AUGUUUGCUGUUGAUCAGAAACUGCUUUUUAAAAUCGACUUCUUCAUCCUAACGUUCGGCUGCCUGGCCUAUUUCACCAAAUGGCUCGACCAAGCGAAUCUCAGCAACGCGUAUGUGUCUGGCAUGAAAGAAGAUCUGAAAAUGUACGGCACCCAGUAUAAUCUUGCUGUUACCUGUUUCCAGGUUGGCACGAUAUUGGGUGGGAUUCCGAGUAAUUUACUCCUAACUUGGGUGCCGCCGAGGAUUUUGCUGCCGGGGUGUGAGUUGUUGUGGGCGAUUUUGACGAUUUUUACUUAUAGGGUGGAGAGUUAUACGCAGUUGUACCCUAUCCGUUUCUUCGUGGGGUUUCUGGAGGGGAGCUCGUUUGUUGGGAUCCAGUAUGUGCUUGGAUCGUGGUAUAAACGAAACGAGCUUGGGAAACGAACAGCUAUCUUCUCGUGUGCCGCAUAUGUUGGGACAAUGAUUAGCGGAUAUCUGCAAAGUGCCGUCUUAGCUGGACUCAACGGGAAACAUGGGAUCGCGGCUUGGAGGUGGGUGUUUAUUGUUGAUGGAUGCAUUACGGUUUUGGUCGGUAUCUAUGGAUUCAUAUUCUUUCCUGAUACGCCAGAGGCGACGACGGCGUUUUACUUCACAGAAGAAGAUAAGAAGAGAGCGAAAGAGAGGUUGGUUGAAGAUGGUCGGGAGCCGAGAGGGGAGUUCUCUUGGAAUAUGUUUUCGAGAGUUGUGAAGACUUGGCAGCUUUAUGUGUUAACCAUUCUCUGGAUGUUUUGGAACACGACAGUCGGCAAGGUUGCAAAUACAGUGAUGCAACUCUGGCUCAAAUCCGACAAGCAACACACCUGGUCCCUCUACCAAGUAAACAAUAUCCCCACCGCCAUCAACGGAUGGAACAUCGUCAUGAUCCUCCUAGCAAACAUCUACGUGGACGCCACCGGCCGACGCAUGGUUGUAGUCAUGCUCAACCUAAUCCUCCUCCUCUUCGGCACCAUUUGUCUAAUCGCCUGGGACAUUCCCCUUGGUCUCAAAAUAGUCGCCUACAUGUUCGCCGGCACAGAUGGUCCUCUGUCACCCAUCUACAUGGCAUGGGCCAAUAUCCUUUGUUCUAACGAUAGACAACUCAGAGCUUUGACUAUUGCUAUCAUGAAUAGCUGUGGAGCGGCGUUGACGACGGUUAUUCAGCAGUUUUUGUAUCCGGUUACGGAUGCGCCGAGGUAUUUGAAGGGGUUUCCGGCUAGCUUGGCGUUUAUUGUUGGGAUGUGUGGGUGGGUUUUUGUGGUUAGGUAUUUUGAGUUGAGGGCGCCGAAGAAGGAAAUUGAAGACGGUGAGGUUGUGGAGUCGGAGAGUACGGAAGAAGUGGCUGAGAAGAAGGUGGAUGUCUCGGUAGCUCUGAAGUCUUGA